AUGGUUUUCAUGGUUGCCUCCACCACUUUGUACGCCAAUGAUCUGAGCUGUCUUCGAACUUGUUUAGGUUGUGUUUUUCCAUGUCAAGUGUUGUCAGUGAAGCAACUCCGAAACAUUAACUCCAUCGAAUGCCGACCCAACAAGUGUUUCAGAUGUUCUUCCAGAAGAAGAUAUGCUUCUUUGGCAGAUGAUAUUAGAAAUAACCGUGACAGAGCCAAGAAAUACCGACUUGCUGUCACAUGUAAACAUGAAUAUUAUGCAUCAAAACCAGAGGAAGACAAUUCGAGGAGCUUUCUUAAUGUUCUUUCUAAGCAGUUGAAAGCUUUCUACUUGUUUUCACGUCCUCACACUGUAAUUGGCACUAUUACAGGGAUAUUAUCGGUUUCUCUUCUUCCAGUAGAAACAGUUUCUGAUCUGUCUCCCACAUUCUUUAUGGGUUUAUUGAAGGCAUUGGUGCCCUCAAUAUUUAUGAACAUUUACGUUGUGGGUUUGAAUCAAUUGUUCGAUGUUGAAAUAGACAAGGUCAAUAAACCUGAUCUCCCUGUCGCUUCUGGUGACUUCUCGAUGGGAACCGGAAUUACAAUCGUCAUGACAUGUUUAGUGAUGAGUUUUGCUAUGGGAAUCAUCUUUAAAUCACCACCACUUUUUUCUGCACUUCUCGUGAGUUUUCUGCUUGGGAGUGCAUAUUCCAUUGAACUUCCUUUGCUCAGAUGGAAGAGGCACGCAUUUCUUGCUGCAACUUGCAUUCUUAUUGUGAGGGCUCUUGUUGUUCAACUCGCUUUCUUUUUACACAUCCAGAAAUACGUGCUUGGUAGACCAGUCAUGAUAACAAAAUCAUUGGUAUUUGCUGCAACUUUCAUGUGCUUCUUCUCUGCUGUCAUUGCAUUAUUCAAGGACAUACCUGAUGUGGAUGGUGAUAGAGAUUUUGGCAUUCAAUCAUUCAGUGUUAAACUGGGUCAGGAAAAGGUAUUUUGGCUUUGUGUUAACAUGCUAUCAGUGGCAUACGGGGCUGCUGUGGUGAUAGGAGCUUCUUCUUCAUUUCUGCCAAGCAAGCUUGUUACUACAUUAGGACAUUUGGCCCUUGCUUCCUUCCUGUGGGUUCGAGCUCACUCAGUUGAUAUUGCCAGUAAAGCAUCAGUCACUUCUUUUUACAUGUUCAUAUGGAAGUUGUUCUAUGCCGAGUACUUCCUCAUUCCCUUUGUACGGUGA